CGUGCGGCAGCCUGCUCACUCCUUGACCUCCAGAGUAGGUGGCAGCUCUUCAUCUCUCCCGGCGUUCGGGUUUAGACCUGAACCUGAGACGUAAUUAGGGCUGAUAAGGCCGGACCAGAAGCUGGGGUCUGCAGCGCGGUGUUUCUGUGGAGGAGACGCUGAUGGGGUUAUGGCUGGUGGCGCUCCGGAAGGCUGGCCAGAGCAGACCGCGAACGCCGGUCAAACCAAGCCCUGGGAAACUGUAACAGCGAAGGACCAGGACAGGCUGUCUGUCUUGGAGGAACUGGCCUUGGACCAUGGCUCAGACCUGGUGGACAGCAGUGUGCAGCGGCGAUUGGACGAGCAAAGGGACAGCAUCCGGCGGGAGAUCCGGCGCGAGCUGAAGAUCAAGGCUGGCGCCGAGAACCUGCGGCGCGUCACCACGGACCGACGCUGCGCCCUGCUGGUAGACGGACAGCUGCGCAGCUCCCGCCGGCGCCUGGACAGUCUGCACGCUGAGCUGCAGGAGCUGGAUGCCCACAUCAUGGUGAAGGGCCCAGAGGAGGCACAUGCGUCUGCAGAUGCCCCCCGCACCCUCCCCACACCUGGCCCUUCAGCUGAGAGUCGGGACCUCAUCACGGCGCUGGAGCGGCAGCUGAACAUCGAGCUGAAGGUCAAGCAGGGGGCCGAGAACAUGAUUCCCGUCUAUGCCGGGGGCACCACCAAGGACAAGAAGUUGCUCCAGGCCACACAGCAGAUGCUGCAGGACAGCAAGACCAAGAUCGACAUCAUCCGCAUGCAAAUGCACAAGGCCAGGCAUGCUAAUGACACCCAAGAGAGAGCAGACCUCUCGGCGGCUGAACUACGAGUGGACGACCUGUGGCAUCACUACCGCGUGGAGCACGCCGUGGCCGACGGGGCUAAGAAUGCACUCCGUCUGCUGAGUACUGCCAAGGUCCAUGACAAGAAGGCCAUCUCAGAGGCCUGGGGGCAGCUGAGUGAGUCCUCCGAGCGGCUGGACAUCUUGCAUCGUUCUCUGGAGCAGCGACUGCCCGAACUUCCUGAGGACGAUCCCAAGGUUCGCCUCAUCCGAGAAGAGCUGGCACUUUCUACCUCCCCUGCCUUCAGUUCUUCUAAUAGUGCCCCCUACCUGUACAGCCAGUAUAGGAUGUUCAGCAGGCCCUCUCCGGUUACGGGCUCCCUUCAGGUGCAUCUGCGGGGCUGCACAGGGCUCCAGGAGACGAUGCCGGCGCGCAUACGGGGAUCAGCAGCACUGCUGCCCAGGGAGGGACACCCUUUCAUGUGCAGCACUAAGAGCCGGAGCAGCUUCAGCAGUAAAGGCCUCAGCAGGGCAGACGUGCUGUCCUCGGAGGUGAGCGCAGUGCUGAAAGUGGAAAACAUGGUGGUGGGACAGACGGCCUGGAGGAACGUGGGGGAGCAAGCCUGGGAGCAGACGCUGACGGUGCAGCUGGAGAAGUCCAGGGAGAUGGAGAUCGCCAUCUACUGGCGGGACGGGCGCUCCCUCUGCGCCCUGAGGUACCUCAAACUGGAGGAUUUCCUGGACAACAAGAAGCAUGAGGUGCAGCUGGAACUGGAGCCGCAGGGGCUGCUGUUGGCUGAGGUGACCUUCUUCAACCCGACCAUCCAGAGAGCUGUGAGACUCCAGAGACAAAAGAAGGUGUUCUCCAAACAGCACAGCAGGGCGCUGCUGCAUGCCCGGCAGAUGAACGUGGACGUCACCACGUGGGUGCGGCUGCUGAGGAAUCACAUCCCCGCGAUCAGCCCAUCCUCACCUUCGCAAAGCUCACGGGGGGGCACAUUGCGGAGGACAAGCCUGAGUAGAGAUUUAGCCCGGAAGAGUGACAGCAAGCAAGAUUCGGGGGCAAAUACACAGGCCCCUGAAACAGAGCUCCCCGCCUCCCCAGGAAGCACCCCCAUUCGGCCGGGCCGGACUCCCUCCCAGAAUUCCCAGAGCAGGUUCUCACCAUUUCCCAGCAGGAAGCAUAAGAAAAGUGCUCUGCGUCUGCAGGACUUCCGGCUCGUCGCAGUGCUGGGAAGGGGGCAUUUUGGCAAGGUUCUGCUGGCAGAAUAUAAGAAGACGGGCGGUGUGUAUGCCAUCAAGGCCCUGAAGAAGGGGGAUAUCUUAGCGAGGGACGAAAUUGAGAGCCUGAUGUGCGAGAAGCGGAUAUUCGAGAUGGUCACAGUGUCCCGGCACCCGUUCCUGGUCAACCUGUUUGCGUGUUUUCAGACCCCCGAACACGUGUGCUUUGUCAUGGAGUACACGGCAGGGGGGGAUCUGAUGAUGCACAUCCACGCUGAGGUGUUCUCCGAGCCCCGGGCUGUGUUCUACUCCGCUUGUGUGGUCCUUGGCUUCCAGUUCCUCCACCAGCACAAGAUUGUGUACCGAGACCUUAAACUGGACAAUUUGCUGAUGGAUAGCGAAGGCUAUGUUAAGAUAGCUGACUUUGGACUUUGUAAAGAAGGAAUGGGUCACGGAGACAGAACCAGCACGUUCUGCGGCACGCCAGAAUUCCUGGCCCCAGAGAUUCUGACAGACACAAGCUACAGCCGGGCUGUGGACUGGUGGGGACUGGGAGUACUGGUGUACGAGAUGCUGGCCGGAGAGUCUCCAUUCCCAGGUGACGACGAGGAGGAGGUGUUUGACAGGAUCGUUAAUGACGAAGUUCAGUACCCAGAAUUCCUGUCUACUGAAGCCACCGACCUCAUUAAAAAGCUGCUGAGAAAGGAUCCGGAACUUCGGCUCGGAUCAGACAAGACGGAUGCAGAGGAGGUGAAGACACAGCCCUUCUUUGAGGGGCUGGACUGGGAGGCUCUUCUGCACAAGCGGCUGCGCCCACCGUUAGUGCCCUCCAUCAGUGGUAGGGAGGACGUCAGCAACUUUGACAUGGAGUUUACAGCUGAGGUUCCCACCCUGACGCCACCCAAGGAGCCGCGCUCCCUCUCCCGCAAGGACCAGAACAUUUUCAGGGACUUCGAUUUUGUUUCAGAUCUCUGCUGACAUCAGUGAGGAUGGGGGGAUGGGGGACAACUAUCCAACGGACUCUACCAUAACUGACGGACUUGGAGAACUAAGCCAGGUUAUCAAAGAAGAUUUUCAGUUCAUGUUCCCAUUUCUGCAACUGACACACUUGUGUAGUGAAUAGUGAAGUUCUACUCUACGUCAGUGAAGUGUUCUACUCUACGUCAUACUAACGAAGUGCUUGCAUUUGACCACUGGGGGGCACUACACAAAGGGUGUUCAAACGCCCAAUUCAGUGUAUUAAAAGAAGUACGUAGGUGUGUGAUUCCUAACUCUGUUUUUUUGUGUUUUCUGAUGGUGCCUUUUCUAGCAUCAUAUGGUCCUGCUCUCUUGGUCUUGUUCUGCAACCACAGCCGUAAUAAUGAACAGAUUUUUAGCUUUUUUUAUCCAUUGGUACAAGAUAUAUUAGGAAUUGUUACUCAUUUUUAUGCAGCACAAUUAAUUGUGUUUUAUAAUAUUUAAAACAUUUUUUGUCUAUAAUGUUUGAGUGUUAUUGUAUCAGUUUCCCCUCAGCAUUGCAAAGACAAUGUGGAAAUUUUCAGUGUGGGCAGAUGCCACAAUUUUUUUUUAUCAUUGGAAAAAGUGUUUUUGCCAUUUAUUCCCACUCAAGAAAAUAUAAGUAAAUAUUUAGAUAUAUGAGAGCGGCAUGGUGGGUCACUCCCCCACCAGGUUUCCAUGUAUGACGUUUGCAUGUUCUCCCCGUGAUGCCGUGGGCUUUCCUCCGGGUACUCCGGUUCCCCCCACAGUCCAAAAAUAUACUGAGGUGAACUGGAGUUACCAAAUUGGCCAUAGGUGUGUGUGUGUGAGUGAAUGGUGUAUGAGUGCAUGGUGUGUGAGUGAAUGGUGUGUGAGUGAAUGGUGUGUGACUGGAUGGUGUGUGAGUGAAUGGUGUGUGAGUGAAUGGUGUGUUAGUGGAUGGUGUGUGAGUGAAUGGUCUGUGAGUGGAUGGUGUGUGAGUGGAUGGUGUGUGAGUGGAUGGUGUGUGAGUGAAUGGUGUGUGAGUGUGCCCUGCAAUGAGUCUGUGCCCCAUCCUGGGUUGUUCCCUGCCUAGCGCCCAUAGGCUCCAGACCUACUGCAACCCAGAAUAGGACAAGUUGUUACAGAAACUGGAUGGAUUUACAUAUAUGUAUAUACAUAUACAAAGCUGUUAAUGUAUGUUAAGAUGUCAUGGAAUAGUUACAUGCUGCUUGUGAAUGUUCUAUGAACACAUUAUGAAGGUGCACUGAAUGUUGUAUGAAUGCAUUAUAAAUGCAUUAUGAAGGUGCCCUGAAUGUUUAUGAAUGCAUUAUAAAUGCAUUUUAAAUGUGCACUAAAUGUUGUAUGAAUGCAUUAUAAAUUCAUUAUGAAGGUGCACUGAAUGUUGUAUGAAUGCAUUAUAAAUGCAUUAUGAAGGUGCCCUGAAUGUUUAAAAAUCCAUUAUUAAUGCAGUCUGAAGGAGCAUUGAAUGCUUAUGAAUGCAUUGUAAAUACAUUAUGAAGGUGCACUAUAUGUUCUAUGAAUACAUAAUGAAUGCAUUAUAAAGGUGUAGUUAAUGUAAAACAUA